ACCAAGACAGACAAGACAUGGAACCACCAGGCUUACGAGGAUUUAUUUUUUUCACUUCUAUCCUCAUACUUGAUCAUUACCGUGUCAGAAGCUGCAAGGUGACUGUGCAACAGGAUGAUUUUUCUGAAGGAUAUGUGCCACAGAAAACCGUGAAUGUAUCAUGCCAGUACAAGAAAACUGAAAACUGCCCUAAUGCUGUACAAAUAUAUUGGUUCCGAUAUCUUGCUUCUGAACAUGAAGAAUUGCAUCCAAAGGUCAGCAACCGCCGCUUCACAGUCCAUAAUGCUCAGAACAAUACUGUUCUGCAAAUUAUUAACAUAUCAGUCCAGGACAGCGGGAUAUACAUAUGUGGCAUAGCAUUCCCAGAUUCUGAACUUUUCACAUCAAAGACUACAGGACCAGGAUCCAUACUACAAGUGCGAGAAGCACAUGAAGCAAUGAUUACACCAGCAAAUGCUUCUUUAAUAGUCAUUUGUACAUUGCUUUUUAUAUAUAGCAUCACAGUGUUUUCUUAUUAUGCAUUCAAGUCAAAAUGGAGAAUCUGUAGAUUCACAGAAAGCAAACAAGGAUUCAGAGAGAAAAGCUACAGAGCAAGAAGUGUUUUUCAAGCAAUAGCAAAAGAAUAUCGCAACAGAUGCGAACGGAAAACAAACAAACAAAACCAGGUGAUAGAAGACGACACGAUUUACCAGAACACAUAGGACGCUCACUGGAGAGUGCUUCUUCUAAAGACAUACCAGACAAGACAAUACAAUACAGGAAAAGAAUUUGAUAUGCAUUGGCAUAAGUCUUUGGAAGACUGAGAAUACUGAAAGGGAAUAUUACAAUUUUUCAGGACUGUAAAAAAAUAUGUAGUUAUUAAAUUAUUUUUGGGAUAACAAAACACUUUUCUGAACAAAGCAUUGUUUGGUUUUCCUUUAUAACUUUCCUUUGUUUUGAACAUGUAACAUUUAAUACAAACUUACAUAGUAACAGUUUUUGAGGUUGAAAAAAGACAAUGUGUCCAUCGAGCUCAACCUAUUUGUGGUCUCCUACACUAUUAUUUUUACGACUAAUUUUAUCUGUUGUGAAUGACUGUCGUUAUGUUUAUUGCCAUUUUUUUUUUGUAACUAUAGUGCGCGAUCUACCCACCAUAACCCUGUAUAUCCUUAUCCAUAAGGAAUUUAUCUAGCCCAUUCUUGAAAGUAUUGACUGAGUCUGCCAUUGCUGCUCUCUCAGGCAGGGAAUUCCAAACACGUAUUAUCCUUACUGUGAAGAAACCCUGUAUGCGAAAUCUUCUCUCCUCUAUUCUAAGCGGAUGUCCACGUGUCCUCUGUGUCGAUCUUAUCAGAAACAGAUCCUCCGCAAGUUCUGCAUAUUAUUUCCUUACAUAUUUGUAAAUGUUAAUCAUGUCCCCUCUUAAUCUCCUCUUUUCCAGUGUAAACAUGCCUAACCUAGCAAGCCUUUCCUCAUAUUCCAGUGUCCCCAUCCCCUUAAUCAGUUUGGUCACCCUUUUCUGAACCUUUUCAAGUUCCGGUAUAUCCUUUUUGCAGUAUGGUGCCUCAAAUUGUGCACAGUAUUCAAGAUGUGGCCUCACUAGGGAUUUAUAUAAUGGGAGUAUAACACGCUCAUCCCUUGCAUCAAUUCCCCGCUUUAUGCAUGCUAAUACCUUGUUUGCCUUCUUUGCUGCAAUACUAUUUUGGGUACUACUGCUUAGAUUGCUAUGUGAACACCUAAGUCUUUUUCCAGUACAGAAUCCGCUAAUUUUACCCCACUUAGUUUGUAGGUGGUAUUUUUUUCCUUGCUACCAAAGACCAUUACCUUACACUUGUCUGUACUGAACCUCAUUCUCCAUUUUGCUGCCCAUGAUUCCAAUUUAAAUAAAUCGUUCUGAAGAGACUCGGCAUCCCCCACCAAAUUUAUAACCUUACACAGCUUGGUAUCAUCUGCAAAAAUUGACACCACGCUCUCUAGACCUA